AUGUUCGGCAAUGGCAUAGCGCUUGGAAUCGCGAUCCUAUCGCUACCUACCGCAGUACCUUCAGAGCUGGUCACGAUCACGGCCUAUCCGACUACUUGCGGCGCAAUAUACACUACCGUGACCUCAAGCUCCGUUCUCAGCAACAGCAGCGCGGCCAUCAGUACUGCCACUGAGUCUAUCUUGAGCAUAGAGUUCUCAUCGACAGCGUCCUCUUCAGCACAGUCCUCUUCGACACAGUCCUCUUCGACAGCGUCCUCUUCGACACAGUCCUCGUCGGUAUCGGUCCCGACAACCCAGUCUUCAUUAACAGAAUCGUCGUCCGCGGAAUUCUCAUCGUCACAGUCUGGCCUACCGCAAUACCCUCUUGAUCCAUACACCACCACAUCAUCCACUACCGAACAAUUCAGUACGACACAAACGCCUGCGACUUAUUCGCCGACGCCAGUGUCAGAUGUAGCAUUGAACGAGGGCAGCAUACCAUUCGUGCUACAGAUCAACCCGGGAGUGCCAGGCAGGAAGCGACAAGCAGGUCAGGCGACCUACAUUGACGCGGACGGAUAUGUCACGGCAAACGCGAGCCAGGCGGUGCAAUAUGUUAUUGGAAAUGGCACGUUGACCAGCACAGCAGGUGGCUGGGUUUCCACCUACGAGGGGGUCAACAUCAUGCCAUUUGCUAUGUCUUCGAUACGGGCUACGAUCGACACAGUAUUCGCUUUCGAGGAUCUCAAGCUGCAUUGGAACAACACAGCUUUCGAUGGAGGUGCGGCACAAUUCUACACCGUACCGGCCAGUACUAGCGGAGCACCUGCGCAAGUCGUCUUGCGUCUUGCGGGUCCUAUCCAGUCAAACUUCAAAUCCGUCACUUUCGCAGUGCAGCCAGCUGCAGAGUUGUUCGUCGAAUCGUCAAGUGCUAUCGAUAUUGCCACAACUCCGAUCAUCGUACCUGUGGAAAGUGUGACCGCCCCAUCUUCAGCGAUAGCCAGUGUCACGUCCAGUGUGGCAAUCGAGGAUGGGCAAGAAGUCACAACGGCCAUCAUUAUACCCUCGAGCACGACCGCGAAUGUGGCACCAAGUGGCACAUGCGGUCCAGAAGUUGGCACCAACUGCUAUGGCGCAUUCUCUGGCAACUGUUGCAGCACUUUUGGCUUCUGCGGAUCUGGGCCUGAGUAUUGUGGGUCUGGUUGCCAGCCAGGGUUCGGGAUAUGCGACACGCUGCUUGCCAGCAGCUCGGCCAGUGAAGCAAGCUCGGCGGUAUCAUCUUCAUCAACACUGUACUAUGCCACAGAAUCCUCGGUCGCACCGAUUUCAAGCUCGGAGAUUUACAUACCCACCAACUUUUUCAGCACUUUUGGCACGGUAUCCUCAUCGGGACCGACACCGCUGGUAUCCAGCGCCAGCUUCUCUACCGCCAUUGGCUCUCAGUAUGUCGGUGUCAGCACUUCCAGCUUUGCAAGCUCCGCGGUCACGUUGAGCAGUGAACUGCCAAGUAGUACUCUGCCGAUCUACUUUUCAACAGCAUCGCCCGUGGUACCUAACAAUCCGUCCCCGAGCUCUGAGGCUGAGCAAUCAAGUACCUCCAGCACUUCAUCAUCGGUGACGGAUACAACAUCCGUCUCGUCUCUCUCCACCACGAGUACAUUCAUGUCAAGCAUCACCAAUCUCGAGGUCUUCCCUUCGAUUGUGCCGGACUCGACUACAUCAGCGUCCAGUGUUACAGAUCUUGAGGUCUUCCCUUCGAUUGUGCCAGAUCCGACUUCGACAGCCUCCAGUCUGACAGACCUUGAAGUCUUCCCUUCAAUUGUGCCAGAUAUUACCACCACGUCGACCUUCAGCCCUAGUAGUGCGAGCGUCAGUGCAGAUUCCUCGGACUCCAGCAUGGUCUCGUCGUCUUCCGCGUCAAGCUCAAGCUCUAGCAGCUCUACAUCGACGAUGUUCAGCUCAUCUUCAAGCUCCAGCGCUACGAUCUCGUCCACGGUCCCGCUUACGACAUUGUCAUCCUCAUCUUCAUCUUCGUCAAGCUCUCUGAGCCUUGCAAGCCUCGAGAACUCGGCGCCUAUGCCAAUCUUGCCAAGCUCCGAUAUCUCGAUUCUGCCAUACUCAACUACCACCACCUCGUCAGCAAGCGCAACCAGCAAUUCUGUGCUUUCGUCGUCAACACCGGUCAUUGUCUCGUCAUAUAUACUCUCUGCAAGCUCGGCGUCGUCAUCUUUGUCCUCAGCGAGCAGUAGCUAUCUCGUCUUGACCUCCCCAACAGCUUGCAACUUCGGUGAUCCACCCACAUUUGACGAAGACGACAGCUACGAGCGCAUCGAUCUACCACAGCCCAUGUACAUCGGCACUUCCUCAUCCACCGCUUCCUUCGCCGCAGUCAACGGCCUCCUGUCCAUCACCUUAGGCACUGCAGAGUAUCAAUACAACGAGCUGCCAUCGACAGAGCUACCGGCUGGGACUGUAGCUCCGUACUGGGCAGAUCUGGCAGUCUACAGGAUCAACGCUACUGGACCAGCACAAGGUCUCUUUUACCAAUUGGACGCCUCGGGUGUGACGUAUGAGUGGUAUCUCAACAGAGCUGGCAAUAGAAACAUAACGUUCCACUUCACGGUGCAGUAUCGCUACGCGAAUCCAGGUAUAUUCACGUACACUUAUUACGAUGUUGGUGAUGGAGAGAAUGGAGCUUUGGCGACUGUGGGGUUGCAGACGAGCACUACAUCGGGCUACACGAUGAGCUACAAUUCGACUGGGAACAUUACGCCGGGGUUGGUCGUGACCUGUGACACGAACACGAACACUUGCACGAGGCCGGCACCCUCAUGA